AUGCCCCCUUCCACUCCUCUCACCCUUCUGUACCCCAAGAGACCUAAGGGUCAGGCUGGGCUCGCGUGCUGCUCUGCGCUGUGGGCGUCAUGGACCGGAAGCGUGUGCGGCGCGCCUGCCUUGAGGCCAGCAUCAGGGAAGGAUGUCCCAGGUGCAGGCGAAGCUUCCUUCACGUGUUCCUGGAGGACUUUCGGCUCGCAAGCGCUUCUCCAUUCUCCCAACGUCUCGGGCCUGGACCCUGCUAGGAUCUUUGAGCUUGUGGAGGUGGUUGGCAAUGGAACCUACAGACAGGUGUACGAGGGUCGGCAUGUCAAGACUGGGCAGCUGGCUGCCAUCAAGGUCACGGAUGUCACGGAGGACGAGGAGGAAGAGAUCAAACAGGGGAUCAACAUGCUGAAAAAAUACUCACCACUGCAACAUUGCCAUCUACUGUGGAGCUUCAUCAAGAAGAGUCCCCUGGGAAACGAUGACCAGCUCUCGCUGGUGAUGGGGUUCUGUGGUGCUGGUUUGACUGACCUGGUAAAGAACACGAAAGGCAACGCCCUGAAGGAGGACUGUAUCGCCUACAUCUGCAGGGAGAUCCUCAGGGGUCGGGCGCAUCUCCAUGCCCACGAGGUGGUCCGUCGAGACAUCAAGGGGCAGAAUGUGCUGCUGACAGAGAAUGCUGCGGUCAAGCUAGUGGAUUUUGGGGUGAGUGCUCAGCUGGACCGCACCGUGGGCAGCCGGAACACUUUCACUGGGACUCCCUACUGGAUGGCUCUAGAGGUCAUCGCCUGUGAUGAGAACCCUGAUGCCACCUACGAUUACAGGAGUGACAUUUGGUCUCUAGGAAUCACAGCCAUCGAGAUGGCAGAGGGAGCCCCCCCUCUGUGUGACAUGAACCCCAUGCGAGCCCUCUUCCUCAUUCCUUGGAACCCUCCACCCAGGCUCAAGUCCAAGAAGUGGUCUGAGAAGUUCAUUGACUUCAUUGACACAUGUCUCAUCGAGACUUACCUGAGCCGCCCACCCACGGAGCAGCUACUGAAGUUUCCCUUCAUCCGGGACCAGCCCACGGAGCGGCAGGUCCGCACACGGCUUAGGAACCACAUUGACCGAUCCCAGAAGAAGCGGGGUGAGAAAGAGGAGACAGAAUAUGAGCACAGCGGCAGCGAGGAGGAAGAUGAUGGCCAUGGAGAGGAAGGAGAGCCCAGCUCCAUCAUGAACGUGCCUGGAGAGUCGACUCUACGCCAGGAAUUUCUCCGGCUCCAGCAGGAAAAUAAGAGCAACUCAGAGGCUUUAAAACAGCAGCAGCAGCAGCGAGACCCCGAGGCACACAUCAAACACCUGCUGCACCAGCGGCAGCGGCGCAUAGAGGAGCAGGAGAAGCGGCACUGCGUGGAGGAGGUGGACAUCAGGCCUGAGGACAUCCGGCCCCUGGUGAACAUCAGGCACAGGUGUCCAAACAGGCCCUGGGUGGACAUAACUGUGGACAGAUGCCUGUGGCCCUUUGUAAGAAGGUGCACCCAGGUACCACGGGGCAGCCCGGGGCAGGUCCUAGCAGGCCAGGCCACACCAGAGAUCCCAUCGGGGCUGCAUCUGCACAUUGUCCCUGUCCAGGAGGAGAUUCGGGAGCCCAUGGAGGCACAGACACAUGCUCCUGGUCAAUAUGCAGAAAUAGCAACACCUGCGGCACCAGCUGUAGAGCCAGAGCCAGCAUGGGAAGAGCCCCCUCCAGAGAGAGUGCUGGAGCUGGAGGGAGCUCCAGCCAAGGACCAGAUCAAGGAGGAUCUGCCUGAAAUCAUGGCACCUACUGUAGCCACUGGCCUUAGCCCUGGAGCUGAAAGUGUGGGUGGAGAGAGAAGUGGAAGGGAAGGGGUGACUAGCACAGCUUCAGCCAGCAGCUCCCAUGCUGCCCCUCAUCCUGGGCAUGGUGGCAAACAUGGAGGUGGGGACCAGGGCAUUCAAACUGGACGACUGUACGUUGCUGGAAAGGAGCUUCUCUCAUUCAUUAGAACCACAGCCCUGCUGCUGCAGUGCCUGUUUGUUGUGCUAAUACUGCUGGGGUAUAUCCUUGAGCAGAAGGGAGAUGAGAACUGCCAGCUCAUUCUUGCCCAGAGAGUGGCUGAGGGCACAAACCCAGAGCACAUCAUUGAUGGCUGGUCAAGACUGAGGCACAGGAUAGUGGUGUGGGAUAUGGCUGUGGCAGCUACAAUACUAGCAGCCUCAGUAGGGGUGAAGAGUGUGUACCAGCUCUGCAAGAUGCUCCCUGGGGCCCGCACACCUGUCAGGGAGAGCCUGAGCUCAGCCAUGGCCAUCUGGGUCCUGAUUCAGUCACAGGUAGAAGAGAGAACAAGGAUGAACAAGCAGCAGAACUCUCCCUUGGCCAAGAGCAAGCCAGGCAGCAUGGGGCCUGAGCCCCUCCCCCAGGCCUCCCCCAGGCUCCCAGGACCCCUUUCCCAGACUCCUCCUAUGCAGAGGCCAGCGGAGCCCCAGGAGGGACCGCACAAGAGGCUGGUGGCACACCGGGUCCCACUGAAGCCAUAUGGAGCACCUGUACCCCGAUCCCAGUCCCUGCAGGACCAGCCCACCCGAAACCUGGUUGCCUUCCUAGCCUCCCAUGACCCCGAUCCUGCCAUCCCCGCACCCACUGCCACGCCCAGUGCCUGAGGAGCUGUCAACGGCCAGAAUGCAGACCCCACCUCUGAAGGACCUGGCCCCAGCCCGAACCCCGCAGCCUGGGUCCGCCCAGAUAACGAGGCCCCACCCCAGGUGCCUCAGAGGACCUCAUCUAUCGCCACUGCCCUUAACACCAGUGGGGCCAGAGGGUCCCGGCCAGCCCAGGCAGUCCAUGCCAGUAACCCCGACCUCAGGAGGAGCAACCCUGGCUGGGAACGCUCGGACAGCACCCUUCCAGCCUCUCACGGGCACCUCCCCCAGGCUGGCUCACUGGAGCGGAAUCGCGAGGGAGCCUCCUCCAAAGUGGACAGCUCCCCAGUGCUCUCCCCUGAGAAUAAAGCCAAGCCCGAUGACCACCGCCCACAGCCAGGCCGGCCCACAGACUUCGUGUGGCUGAAAGAGCGGACCCUGGACAAGGCCCCUCGGCCUCCCAAGAAGGCCAUGGACUACUCAUCGUCCAGCGAGGAGGUGGAAAGCAGUGAGGAGGAUGAGGAGGAAGGCGAAGGUAGGCCAUCAGAGGGGAGCAGAGACACCCCUGGGGGCUGCCAUCCCCUUUGCUGGGGAGUGGAAGUUAUAGCGACACAGAUGCAGGCCCAGACCAUUCUGAAGAAACCUCGUGUGGCCCAGCAAUGCUCACUCAGUGCCAAGACCCAGGGCUCUCCCUUCUUCCUCACCUCUUCAGAGCUCUCUCUCCCCUUUUCUCAGUCACUGGAGAGAAGAGGAGUGGAGUUGAGCAUGGACACCCAGCUGAUGGUGGGACUUCGGCAGCCUACCAGUAGUACCCUGCAUUGCGUGGCUGGCAAGGUCCAGGCAGUCCACCCCUAA